CAGCAGAAGCUCUUUUAAAGCUGUGCAGUAGCUCUGAUAGCUCUGUAUUCAUACAGUUUUUUUUAUUUUCCUACUGUGAUACAUUUGUCGAGGACACUUACAAUGUUUAGUCAGUCUAAUCAAGGAGUUUUUCAAAAGAAGAGGGUGGAAGGGCCUUUUUUGAUGAAAAGGAAAAAUCUCUUUUGAGGGUCUUUGAUUUCAGAACCUUUGCAGAAGCCUUGCUUUGAAGAAUACUCCUUCAUUUGACUUUUUACAGCCGUAUCCAGCAACUUGGCUGUUGCCAAAAAGGAUUACCUUGCUCUGUUUUGUGGAUGGACAGACUUGUGACAGCUGUGUCCGACCACUGGCUUCUUGUUCUUGUUGUUAUUAUUUCGUGGAUGUCUCAUUCAGAAUAGUAGUUUGAUCGCACUCGCCAUGCUGGAACACCUGCCUUGUGUCCGCAUUGACCCUGCCCCUUUCAGGCCUCAGCCAAUCAGCAGCAACAUGGAUGAGAGAGCCAUACGGUUUGAGUUAGAGCGUCAGGCCUGUCAGAGUCUCAGACAAGUUCUCCAGCUGAAGCUGCAACAGAGGAGGACAAGAGAAGAGUUGGUCAACCAGGGAAUCAUGCCACCACUGAAAAGUUCAGCUGCUUUCCAUGAACAGAGACGGAGCUUGGAGCGAGCACGGACUGAGGACUAUCUGAAGAGGAAGAUCCGGAGUCGCCCGGAGCGAUCUGAACUGAUCAGGAUGCACAUCCUGGAGGAGACGUCAGCGGAGCCAUCACUGCAGGCCAAGCAACUGCAACUGAAGAGAGCUCGCCUCGCUGAUGAUUUGAACGAUAAGAUCUCCCACCGGCCGGGGCCCAUGGAGCUGAUCCACAAAAACAUCCUACCUGUUCACUCCAGUAUUAAACAGGCCAUCAUAGAGACACAGUUUCCAAAGGCUUCAGGUGAUAACUCAUCAUGUGAUGAGGACAGUAAUGACAGUCUGUCUCCAGAACAGCCAGUACGACAGGAGUCACCUCUGGGCCUGGGACCUCUUCCCUCUCCACCAGAGACACUGGCUGGGAGCAGCAUCCCGUCUCCUGCACAGGUUCCUCCUCCAGCUCCUCCUCUCCCACUGCUCUCUGGAUCCUCCCCAUCACUGAAGCUGACCAAUGGGACAGCAACAUCCUCUUCCCAGAGGAUGGGUGCUACCUCUCAAAUCAAGUCCCAGACUAAACCAAACUCUGACCGCUCUGCCCAGAGACACAAGAAACCCAAGGACAACAAGCCAAAGAUAAAGAAGUUAAAGUACCAUCAGUACAUCCCUCCUGACCAGAAAGGAGAUAAAGAGCCUCUUCCCCAUCUGGACUCAUCUUAUGCCAAAAUCCUCCAGCAGCAGCAGCUUUUCCUGCAGCUCCAGAUCCUCAGUCAGCAGCAACAGCACUAUAACUACCAGGCCAUCCUGCCCGCGCCACCCAAGCUUCAGAAAAAUCAGCUGCCAUCUUCCUCUUCCUCCUCCAGUUCCAUGACCGCUUCAUCCCCACCUCAACCUCUUGCUGCCCCCUCAGCUGCCCUCUCAGCUACCCCCUCUGUCCAGGGCAGCCACAGUCAUCAGAGUGCUGCUCCUUUAGGUGGGACCAAACCAGCGUCGCUUCCUCCAAACCUGGAUGAGAUGAAGGUCGCGGAACUGAAGUCCCAGUUGAAGCUGCGUAGCUUGCCGGUCUCCGGCACCAAAAACGACCUCAUUGAGAGGCUGAGGACCUACCAGGAACUGAAUGGAGGCAGUGACACUACCUCCUCUCCAACAGCAGGGGGUACCACAGGGCCAGGGGCUGAAGGAGCAGGAAGGGCUUCCAAGACUGCUGCAGUCACCAGCAGCAACAGCAACACAUCGCAACAACAGCAGCAGUUUCAGUUUCAGUGCCACCAGCCAUCCUCUCUGACAAGUCAGUCAGCUGAUGCAGGUAGCGGUACCACCCGACCUAUAGCCACUCCUCAGCAGCUCAUGACCUGUAGUGGCACCGUCUCACCACCACCCGUCUCCCUCACCUCCUCUGACCACCUGCCGGCCACCAUGAGUCCAGAAGACUCCAGCUUUAACAGCGACCCUUUGGGAGAAAUGAUGAGUUCACCUCUCACCCAGCUGAGUCUUCAGCCAUGUUCAGCUGCUCAGCUUCCAGCGAAUAUUAAAGAAGAGGCCGCGUGCUCUACCCCAUCUCCUUGCCAGUUCUCUUUAAAGCCAGCCUCUCUGCAGAAACGCUGCCAGGUCUCAUCAGCUGCCACCACCACUUCAACUACAGCUCCACUACUGACUGUUGACAAAGACAAGAUGCUGCAAGAGAAAGAUAAGCAGAUAGAGGAGCUGACCAGGAUGCUGAGGCAGAAGCAGAGGCUGGUGGAGGUGCUGAGGAUGCAGCUGGAACACGGGAAGAGAGAAGGACGAGUUUCAGAGCCGCUGGUUCUUGUAAGAGUGAAACAAGAACCUCCUGAUAAGCCUAUUGUCCCUCUCUCUUCUGGCCGCCCUCCAUUCCCCCCUCAGACAUUGUCUGUUUCUUGUGACAUGGAUGUCACCAAGGUAACUGUCAAACAGGAGAGCACUGAGAAAGAGGAAGUUGUUUGUGAGAAAAAUAUGCCACCACUGGACUCUCAAGGAUUACCGCAGCCUUCGCAGGAGCAGAUUCAUCUGCAGGUCAAGCCACAGACGAAACAAGAACAAUAUGUUUGUCUCCAGCAGACCACCCUGCAGCUGGCCCAGCAGCAGGCCAUACAGAAACUCCUGCUACAGCAACAGCAGAACAUUAAGAACCAGCAGCAGACUAUUCAGAACCGCAAUCAGGUCCUGGAGAAUCAGCAGAACCUGCAGAAACUGUCUCAGCAGAGAAAGAAGAAAUCUCACAAACAGCAGCUCAAACAGCAGCAGCAGAAGCAGCUGUUGCAGUCAGAACAGCAGCAUCAGCAGUCAAAACAACAUAGACAGCAGAUGCAGCUGAAGCAACAGCUCCUGAUGAAACAACAAAAGUUGCUUCAGCAGCAGCAGCAGGCUAGACAUCCACAACAAGACCAGAUACAGACCAAGUUACAUUUGAAACAACAACAUGUUGUAACGCAGCAGAAACAACAGGUGCAGCAGCAGUCAGCACAGAUGUCUCAAGCGUGCAUCAACCAGCAGUCAGGCUCAACCCCCUCUUUCCACUCCACUCCAGCCCUGGUCACAGACAGCAACGGUAACCACUUCCUGAUCGCACUGACCAAUCACAUGACUGAGAACCGAAGAACUGACUCACCUGAAGGAAAAGCAACCAAUCACAUCCCUCUUCAGCGACUACAGUCCACUCCAGCCAAGCUCCCAGGACAUAGCCCUGUCCAACUGCUCAAAGCUGACAGCCAGUCCAAACAGAGCAUGCACAUGGGAAUUCAGAAAAAACAAAACACAAAGGCACUGAAUGGGGGACUUCAGAUAUCUGUAGACCAACCACAGCAGGGAGCUGCUCAGUGUUUGUCUGCACCGCCCAGUCUGCAGCCUUUCUUCAAGGACCAGGAGACUGCUCCCCCAGGGAAAAACACCUUAUCACCUUCCCCUCAAACUGAGGUGUGCCCUAGUCUGGAUGUCUUGUUUAGUCCUCUGUCUCCAGCCUCCAUUAAGACGGCUGCCUCAUCGCCUGAUAACAAAGAUACAGAGCAUGAAGAUGAUUUUAUUGACAUCAUUUUGCAGACAGGAGAAACGCCGACCGCCUUCAGACCAACACCAGAUCUGUCUCUGGACCUUCUCAAUCCAAACUCCUCUGCACCUUCCCCUCCUCCCUCCCCACUCCAGCUGUUGCUAUCUCCCCCCAUCCCACCCAGCUGUGACAGCCCCCGACCCGCCCUCUCAGUGCAGUCUGAGCUUCAGACUCUGGUCGACGCCGCAGAGAAAACACAGCACCUCAGUAACGCUGGAAGUGGACGUCUGGAGGACUUUCUUGAAAGCACCACUGGAAAGCCUCUCCUGGGGGUGGAGCCUGGUGGCCUCUUGACUUUGAUUGAUGAUCUCCACAGCCAAAUGCUGUGCACCCCCAGCAUUCUGGACCACCCCCUGUCUCCUAUGGACACCUUCAACAUGGCAGCUGAGGAGGACAGAGGCCUGGACAGUAUGGAUUGGUUGGACCUCACCAUGGGAGACGAGCGGGGAGAGGAAGCCCCCACACUGGCCCCGCUGGGCCCCCAAACACCCCCAAGUGUCUUUUCUACAGACUUCCUGGACGGUUCUGACCUGCAGAUACCCUGGGAUUCCUGCCUAUAGUCUACAACUGUUACACACAUACACAAAAACACGCAAUUGAUUGCUGAGGAUUCAGUAUUUGAUUAGAGCACUCUCUCUGUAUCUUCUCACACACUGGUAUAUUGAAUUUUCAAGCACUUUGACCUUUAUUUAUUUUAUUUACACACUGCAGUAUUGAUUUUUGUGUGGGCACUUAUUAGGCAGGUCCUAUAUCUGUUCUAGCGACAGUUUUGUCGACAUACGCAAGGGACUUUUGUGGAUUUGGAUCCGGCACCUUUAACUAAUCUUUCCUUUGUCACAGACACCAUGUUUACCGUGGAAAGGUAUAUCGGUUUAUUUGACCUUUGUCUAAUUAGAACACAAACUUCCUUCCUUGCUGCCUUUUGCAGUAAAGAUAAUCUAUAUUUUACCACUACAGGAAGAAGAAAUAGGUAAUCAAUAACCAAUGUUUAGGGGAAAGACAGUGAUUUUCUUGUAACAUAAUAGUAUAUAGGGAUGAGCAGAGAUGUUAUUUGCAGACAAGCUGCCCUCCAAUGCCAUAAUUUCAAAAUAAUGGCCACGAAACUUCGUAAUUUGAAGUGAUGUUUUACUGAAUCUCUUGUUUUUCGUAUCAGUUUUUGGAACAUUGUGUCAGUUACAAUAUACAUCUCUGUGUUUUAAAUGCAAUUUUGUGCAAUUCUUGUGCAGGCAUUGAGAUUGUUACUGCAUAUGGUAUCCUGCUUUUCAUUCAUUUGUAUUCACUCCAGAAGGAAUAGGGUAAUAUGUUGUACCCAUUUUUAUUUUUAUUUUUAUUUUUUUUUCAUAUUUCCUGGUGGUUCCACUGUACCAGGUACGUGGUACAAUGGAACAGCCUAUAUCUGCCAACAAAAUACAAAAAUGUCUGAAAAUGCUUUAGGAAAAUCAGUGUUCUCACCUACUAACUGAAUAUUAAGGGAUGAAAAACUAAACCAAAAUCUUGCAGUGUUGCAGUGACAUAAAAUAGAUGAUGAUGUAAAUGCUGUAUUAAAACCCUGGGGUAUUCAGCUUUCCAAAGUUCCCAAAGAAACAUCACACGCUUUUUCUUUAUAUGAAAAAACAUUGAACAGUUUUUCCCACAGGAAGGAGGUGUAUAUACUAUAGUAUUAGUGCAAGAACUGCACUGUCCUGCAUUUGAACAAAUAGAAGCUAAUGAACUGGUCUGAUUUCAGGUUAUUCUUUAAGAUAAAAGACAUGAAGGAAGGAGGAAAUGUAAGGGUGUGCUCUAAAUGAAGUCCUUGAUGAUUUCGUUCACAAUUUCUUCUAAACUUCUUCUAAACAACUAUAUUUAUAUUACUAUACUAUUACUAUAAAUAACUAUAUUUAUACUUCAUGCAACUGAGAACUCACCAGUUUUAAAUGUUUCUGAGAUGUUUCAGUUUACUUUCAGUAAACUGAUUUGUUUCAUAGUAUGCAUCAGGUACUGAGGUGUGAGAUGGUGAUUCCUGCAGUUAAUGACAACAUAAAUGGUCCAAUUUAUUUGGCACAGUUUCAAAGAGAAAAUUAAACAUUUAAAAUUUGGCUUUUUUGAGAAUAUUGUUUGUUUUUUUUCUUUUUUAAUUGUUGCUGUUUUUUUUUUUUUUUGAGAAUUGCACUUUGACUAUGUCACAUGUGAAGCCCAUUAUCUUAAUGUUUUAUUUGACUCAAUGCUUCUUGAUAAUAUGUACAUUAUAAAAUGUAUACACAUUUUGUAUUUACAUUUCAUGUGUGAAUGUCUUUGCUAUGAAGCCCUCUGAAUGUCAAUAUGUGGGAGUAAUGUUUAUGCCUUACUGCACCUUAUAUGAACCUUAUACGAACUACACAGCUUGAUGUAAACUCUACAUCUAUACUCACAUUGCUUCAGGACUACAUAUACCAGGUUUUCUGUGGUCAUUUGGGACACCUGCCAUACCGUAGUUUCACUUCCUUUCAAUUUGUAAUGAAUGAAUGCAUACAUAAUAUAAAAGGGAAGGGAAAGUCCUGCAGCUUUAUAAAAUCUUGACGUGUGAUUUAGUGGGAUGAAAUGCCUUCAUAAUAAGGAUUUUUGUAAUAAUAUUCUUGUUCCUUUUUUUGGUGAUAAUUGCCUGUCUUGUACUGUAUCAGUACUUUAAGACAUUUUAUUUCCCUUUUUGAGAUUUUACAGUGCUGUAAUAUGCCAGUUUAAACACUGAACAUGUAUUAUUAUUAUUUGUUUGUGUAUUAUAUCAUAUUUGUUUGCAUAUUUGUCUGUGUAACACUCUGGUGAUGCAGGUUUGUGUGUACUGUGACUAAUUCUGUAUUUUUAACAAAAGCCUGUAUUGUGAAUCGAAACCACACACAGGUUGAUUUUCGAUUCACACCAUCUUUUGACGUUAUCUUUUUCUAGUUUAUCUACUAAGAUUGGGAUUGGUUCAAGGGAUUGCCAUAUUUUGUUAAGCCAUUCACAGGUUUUACUGGUAAUUUUGAAAUGUGACAGGGAUGCAAAAUGGUGCGACUGAAAGUCCAAACAUUUUGCAAUAUUGUUUUCACUAAUGGUUUGUAUUGUUGACUCUGUGGAAGAGUGCUUACUUUAGGUUUUAUUGUUUGUACAGUGCAACCUCCUUGUUUUUCACACUUUGCUCAUACACUCUGGCUGCUUUAAGGAACAAACUGUUGCUACUGUGCAACAACACUCACAGUUACAGUUACAUGGUAAGAAUGCAUAGUGAAACUGCUGUUGUUCUUCAUUUGAUUGUAAUAGUAAAAUACUGUUUUAAAGGAGUAUCCGGUAAGUAGUCAGGUAUUGCGUGAUAAACCUUGGCCAAAUAUUGCAAAAUAAUUUAUUUUAAAUACUUAAAAUCACACAUGCUGGAUUCACUCAACCUCUCCUGAGUUUUUGUUGAUCUUUUUAAGCAUCUAAGUGGCAGGCAGGAUGUAUCAAACACCCUUCAACUGUCAAACUUAUGAUGCCUUUCAAACAAGAAGCUAGUGUUUUAUUUGUAUUAGUCUGUAUGAAGUCAUGGGAAGUUUUGGGUAAACUGCUUGAGAUUUUUGUGUACUUUAAAUGUAAGUAUUUCUUUUCCUAGAAAAAAAAAAUAUG